AUGUCUGCGGAAAAGCUGCAGCUUCGCCCAUCAGAGAUCAUGAAGCUCUGGUUGACCAGGUGGUCGCUUGCCAUCCACAUGUGCAAGUCCGCCACGGCAGCUAUCAAUCCAGUUGUAGCUUUGCCCCCGGCCGCUUGUUGUGGGAAGAGCAACUGGCAUCAUGCAAUGCAGUCAGCUUCUCAGCGCGGAUCAACCUGCAGUUCUGUAGUCAUCGCAGUUAAGCAGCUGAUUGUAGUAGUAGUAGUAGUAGUAGUAGUAGUAGUAGUAGUAGUUGUAGUAGUUGUUGUUGUUAUCCAUCAGCAAAUUGUUAUGAGUUUAUACACAACAACUCUAAACACAACACCCUCCACAAACACACUUCGCGAUGCGGGCGAUGCAAAUCCAAAUUUCAAAUCUCAUACCUUAAAACUCACAUGCUUCAGACCACGCCAACGGAGGGCGUGUUGUUGGCACUCCAUUGGUUUGGCGUGUUAG